AUGCAGGUUCCUCUACUUCGCCUACAGUGUGGUGUGAACAGCUACGAUUGGGGUAAGGUUGGCCAACAGUCUGCUGCUGCAAAAUAUGCAGCUGCGACUGCCGACUCAAACUUCAGCAUUGAAGAGGCGAAACCAUAUGCAGAGCUAUGGAUGGGAACGCAUCCAUCUUUACCUUCAAAAGAUGUCGAAACUCAACGAACAUUACUAGACUUAGUACAAGAUAACCAAGCGCUCAUGGGCCAGGAGAUCACACAGCGAUAUGGCGGAAAAUUACCGUUCUUAUUCAAGGUCUUGUCCAUCAACAAGGCGCUGAGCAUACAAGCACACCCAAACAAGAAACUUGCCGAGCAAUUGCACGCUCGGGACCCAAGAAAUUAUCCUGAUGACAACCACAAACCUGAAAUGACCAUCGCCAUCACACCCUUCGAAGGACUCUGCGGCUUCAGACCACUCUCUGAAAUUGUGCACUUCCUAAACCGUGUCAAACCACUUCGCUCCCUUGUCGGACAACAAGCCGCAGCACAGUUCGAACAGAUUGUCAAAGGAUCGGAAAACGCGGAGGAUGAGGCAACAGUCAGCCGUAAUAAAGACGCCCUCAAAGCUGUAUUUACAUCCCUGAUUGAAUCGCCUCAGGACAAGAUCGAAGAAGCGGCCAAAGAACUUGUUGCAGAGGCACAAAACUCUCCUCACAGUUUCGCAAUCGACCCCAGCUCCGAGACGAACCCAAACGGCGCAUCUGAGCUCUCGGAACUGGUAGUGCGUCUAAAUGGACAGUUUCCCAAUGACAUUGGACUGUUUAUUCUGUUUUUCCUCAACUUCAUCAAACUCUCACCUGGAGAAGCAAUGUUUCUCAAAGCGGACGACAUCCACGCAUACGUUUCCGGAGACAUCAUCGAAUGCAUGGCAUCAUCUGAUAACGUGGUCCGCGCAGGAUUCACGCCCAAAUUUAAGGAUGUAUCUACACUCACUAGUAUGCUGACAUACUCCUAUGCGCCUAUUGAGGAGCAAAAAAUGCAACCGACAGAAUACCCCUAUGCAACCUUGAAUACUGUGGCGUACUCCAGCGGAUCAUCCACAAUCCUCUACGACCCCACCGAAAUUGAAGAAUUUGCCGUUAUCAAGACUGACCUCAAUAAGAAGGGAGCCAAGGCAACAUUUGAUCCUAUUCCUGGACCAAGCAUCGUCAUUUGCACUGGUGGACAGGGCAAAAUUAGCGUGGGACCUGCCAAAACUGAGGAAGUCAAGGAGGGAUACGUGUUUUUCGUGGGAGCUGAUGCCGAAUGUGUCAUUGAGAGUACCACCGAAGACGACAGCCAACAAUUCACGACGUUCAAGGCGUUCUGUGAGUUGACUGGGAGGGAGGAUUUGCCGAAUGGGCAUUGA